AUGCCUUCAUCCUCAUCCCUGGCGCGACUGGAAGGCCUCAAAGUCAUCAAACUGAGUCACGAUCUGAAAAUGCGUCCCGGCAGCUCAGAGCAUGCUUCAAUCAGGACACGUGCGGUCAAAGCCUGCAAACGCUGUAACCAGAAAAGAAUCAAGUGUGAUGCCUUUGAGUGUGGAACUCCCUGCACCAAGUGUCGACAGAGCAACAGCGAGGGAUGCGUUCUGAUACAGUCUAGGCGAGGCACCCAUCCUCGCAAAAGGUCCAAGCCCAAUCCCGCCGUACCAGAGCCCACGCAAGCCCCUGCUGGAAUCGAUGUUGUCGUGGCUGCCGACGCCAUCUCGACGCGCGCAGUGUCAGAACCGACGGCACAUGGUCCCCUCCGUGACCAGACACCUGCAAAUGGAUCGCCACUCCACCAUGAAGCAAGUCAGGGCGCUCGUGUCGGCAGCCAAGCAUCUCCCUGCGCUGCCCCAAGUAGUUACCCGGUGUCGGCGACGACGGGUUCCAGUACAGAUCUGGCAUCUCCAGAGGCAGCGUUCUCCGAGACCAGCGCAAAAUCUUAUCGCGAAAUCUCUUGGGCAGCCAUGUUUGAUCAUUUCCUGGACGGGCGGCGACGGGACCAGAAGGAUACGAUAGAUAAAUGCUCCAUCACCUAUCUGGGAGAAUCAUUUCCACUGGCCAUGGUGCUGGAAGAAUUCAAAGAAGGCGAAAGACCGCGACUGCACCACGCUGGGCCACCGCUGACAGAGGAUCAGGCGAGGGAUGAACCUACGAGUGAAAGCCAUCCGUCGCAUAUGCUUCCGGAGGAUAUCGCCUUUCUUCAAGCAAAAGAUGCUUUUGUCUCACCCUCGCAGGAAAUCCUCGACGCAUUGAUUGCAAAUUUCCUGGACCGCGUAUGGCCUGUCUAUCCUGUGGUUAAUCGACAAGAAUUCCUUCAACAGUACAAGGCCAAGAAAGUACCGUGGAUUCUUCUGCAUGCCUUGUGUUUCAUCUCGGCUACUUUCUGUCCCCUCGCUAUCUUGCACCGGGCCGGAUUUACUGGACGGAAGCAAGCUAGGGUGUCAUAUUAUCGAAAGGCCAAGGCACUGUUUGAUACUGGCUACGAAUCCAACAAGAUCACCAUCCUGCAGAGCGUUAUCGUCUUGACGUGCUGGGGAGGAGGUCCCAACAACUACUGGAACUUUUACAGUUGGAUCUCUACUGGCGUCACAAUUGCGGAGGCCCUGGGGAUUCACCGUUCGACCGCGGGGGCAAACAUGCAUCCUCACGACCGCAGUCUGCUGAAAAGACUCUGGUGGAUUUUAGUGAUCAGGGAUGCUUCGUGUGGCACACUCGUAGGCCGCCCCUUUCGCAUCAACACCAACCACUCCGACACUGAGAUGUUGACGGUCGAAGACUUCGAGUAUGACAUUCAAAGCCCGGAUUUUGUCAACCAUCCUCUCCGUGAUGUCUGCGUUCAGUAUCAGAUCCACAUGUCCAAGCUAUCUCUACUCCUGCGAGAGAUCAUUUCGACGAGAUUCGAUCCCAACCGCGCCCAGGCUCGAAUGGCCAAUCUACACGAGACAUUACAAGAAUGGCGCAAUGCACUUCCGCCCAGUUUACGCUGCUCCGAGUAUGACAAGAAUUCGAAUCCAUUUGCUACAUGCCUCGCCAUUCUCUACGACCACCAUCUCAUCUUGAGUCACCUGGGCCGGUCCACAACGGGAGUGACGCCCACGGCUGGCGACACUGGAUCCCUCAGCGGAACUUCGUCCUCGCGUCCUAUCACCGAGGUUGCCGCACAGCGUAUCUCGUCUCUGGCUUGCUCAUUCACACGUAAAAAUGAAGCUCUUGUCAUGCCGCACGAAGUCUUCCAAGGUCUGUUCCUCGCGCAAGCCGUCUUCUACACCCAGAUGAAGAGCCCGCUUCCAUUGGUGUCUCAACUCGGGUUUCAAGCCCUGAACAGCUGUCAAAUGGUCUGGCACGACAUUUAUGAGGCAUGGGAUCCCGCGCCCUGGAUCUCCAAGCUCUUUGACAACUUGAUUGGAAACUGGAAUCGAGAUAUGGAGUCGAACGAAGUCGACCUCCGGAAUAAUAACGUGAGUGGCAACCCAGGCGCUUCCAUGGGCAACGGAAUGGACCUGGACGGGAUCAACGGCUAUGUGAACUGGCAAAACCACCCGACCCUCGGUUUCUUUGACAUGUCGCAGGGUGAAGAGACGUUCCCAUCGACCACAGACUAUGCCAUGUUUCCCAACUAUUUUGGGACCGGAGAACCCAUUUCGUUUCUAUCAUGA